CGAGGAUGUGGGAGACAUCUCCAUGUGACUCGGUACGUUUGUUAUCUCCAGGAAUCCCAAAGAAUAUACCCCACACUAUCGCCCACCUCAAAAUCAACCAAUGAAAAGGUUCCACACACUAGGUUGCGUGGCACUAUUUCAGUCCCUCAUGCUAUCUCUUAACUCUAUCUAUCGUCGCCAGCUUUGAUUAACUCUAAACUCCCCACCAGACUGCACCUGCCAGACCUGUUUGUGGAUCAUGCAUACCAAAGGAAGUACAGAAUGCUGUUGCUCUUUUGAAGACUACAAUCAGACGACAGAAUGGCUUCUGAGCCGGACGAGACAUAGGCCUAAGAUCGCAGUGGUGUGUGGCUCCGGCCUGGGCCUGCUCGCCGAUGGUGUUACCAACAAAGAGAUCUUCCCUUACGCAGAUAUCCCCAACUUCCCCGUCAGCACAGUCCCGGGUCAUGAGGGGUGUCUGGUGUUUGGUAUUCUAAAAGGCAAAUCCUGCGUCUUCAUGCAAGGCAGAUUCCAUCUGUACGAGGGCUAUUCACUCUGUAAGGUCACAUUCCCGGUGCGGAUCUUCAAGCUGUUGGGCGUGGAGACCCUCAUUGUGACUAACGCCUCAGGGGGCCUGUGUCCGGACUUCAAAGUGGGCGACAUCAUGCUCAUUAAGGACCACAUUAACCUGCCAGGCUUCGCCGGCCAGCACCCUCUGUGCGGCCCCAAUGACGAACGGUUUGGGAUCCGGUUCCCCUGCAUGUCAGAUGCCUACAGUAAGGACCUGAGGAAGCUAGCUCUGGAUAUCAGUCAUGAGCUGGACUAUACCAACUUUGUGCGGGAAGGGGUGUACUGCAUGGUGAGCGGGCCCAACUUCGAGACCAUCGCUGAAGCACGCAUGUUGCAGGUCUUGGGGUGCGACUCUGUGGGCAUGAGUACGGUCCCAGAGGUAACAGUGGCCAAACACUGUGGCCUGAGGGUCUUUGGUCUCUCACUCAUCACAAACAAGGUCUCCCUGGACUACAGCCGCGAGGAGAAGGUGAACCAUGAGGAGGUCCUGGAGAUCAGCAAGAUGAGGGCGGAGCAUCUGCAGAUGAUGCUCAACACACUUAUCGCCCGCUCCCACCAGCUGGACGAGGGCAUCAAUGUCAACUGAAGGAGAAAGGGGGAUGGAGAAAGAGACAGAGAGACAUACUCUAAUGUUGAAGCACACUCUCUCUCUCACCAGACACACACAGAAACACAGACAUGUACACACACAUGUGCACACUUGCAUAUCAUUCACUGUGAAUCUUUACAAUAAUCAACCAUCCAUGAUGAAAGAAUUUAGUACAUUUUCUAGUUUAAUAAAAUGUUCUAAAGUUGUUGUUUUUUUACACAAGAACCAGUCUGUUAAAAAAUGUAAAUGCUUAUUUGAUGAUAGAGCACUGAUAUGAGAAUAUGUAAUGAUAUGAAAUGUAAUGAAUAUGUAAUUAUUUGAUGAUAGAGCACUGAUAUGAGAAUAUGUAAUGAUCCUAUUUAACAUCAGCUGAAGGGCUGCCACUACCAGUUGUACAACUGAACACCUUCAACUGAAAUGUGUCUUCUGCAUUUAACCCAACCUAGGUAUCCCCCUUACCUGAGGAAAUUCAGAGAGAGAGAGAUUAUACAUUCAUUCCACAAAAUGUUUUUCUCCCAAAAAUAAAUGUGAAAAACCUCCAACCAGAAAAUAGCAUUUAAUAACAAAUAGUGGGGAAAAAAAUAUGCAACUGAACUAAUGUACAGAUGAUGGUGCUUUUCUCUUCAAAUUCCUCUUGCUAUUCAGAGCUAGUGACAGAAAAAACAUGUCCUGUAUUAAUAUAAUUAUACAGUGUUCUUUUUUGUUAUCCCCUCACUGUUUAGAACGAGAAUCAAACUAUUAUUUCUGUGCUUCAUUGUUUUUACCACACAACACGAGUCUGUUUCAUAGAGUUGAUGAAAAAACUAUUUCCAUGCUAAACAAUUACAGUGUUACGAAUUAGUUUGACUGUAAUAACAAUGAGAGCUCAUGUAGAAAUAAUAUGUUUCUUGUAAGAAUUUACACAGCAACAGAAACAAUUUAUAGAAAAACGUGGUAUCUUGCCAAAGCAAAUACUCUGUUCACUGCCUUGCCUUACAGUAAAUCGAAGUGCAUUCAUCUAUAAAGAAAACACUGCCAUCUUUCACAGGGCUCCUCAGCCAAUAUGGUGCAGUGGUACCUUCUCCACUGUAGCGAUAAGCUUGGAGAACACUGAUGUGUUCAUAACAAGGUUUUCCCAUUGUAAAUAUUUAGAUACAUAUAUAAAUAAACAUACAGUAGAUAUAGAUCAUA